AGCCUCAUCAUCUUCCUCUCCACAUGGAAUUGAAAGACUCCACGCAAGUCUGCUACUAGAUAAAAAUGGAUGCCAACAUUGUCGUCUUGGGGACAGAGAGCGUUGGGAAAUCAGCUGUGACUGUGCGCCUCUUGACUCGGAGAUUCAUUGGAGAAUACGGAGACAUUGAGUCCAUCUACAGUCACAGUUUUAUUGUAGACGGGAGGGAUGUCACGUUCAAUAUCUGGGAUUCACCUUACUCUCAGGAUUUUUCGGGGGAGACGUCACUCUUCCAUAAGAAGGUCCAGUGGGCCGACGCCUACGUCCUGGUCUACAGCAUCUGCGACAGGGCCAGCUUCAACGCCGUCAGCAGGCUCAUCCAGAGCAUCAAGUCCUCUAAAGACUACCACGGUGCAGAAAAGGUGCCCAUAGUGAUCGUGGGUAACAAGCGGGACCUGCACCACAGACGGACAGUGCUGAGCGAGGAGGCCCAGCUGCUGGCUCUCAACACGAACUGCCUUUUCUACGAGGUGUCGGCGGCUGAGAACUACCACAGCGUGAUCACUGUGCUUCACGGUCUGGUGGACAGAAUGAAGGACGCCAAGCUGACCACAAAGAGGCCUCUGAGGUUCAAGGGCAUAGUGAAAAGCAUGUCCGCCGUGUUCGCCAGGAGACGGACAGACUCGCUUUAGUACGAGCAUUCGAUCGGAUGGAUAUUACAAUCUUUCAAUGAAAGUGAAGAGAUGGAUCUGCUUUCACAAAGAAAGCAAAUACGUUUAACGUGAACAGAAAACUAUUUCCCAGAAGAUGCAGACGUUCCUCGCACUUCAAGCUACACAAGUACCCGAUAAUCUAAUUCCACACACUGGUGUAUAAAAACAACACAAUGCGGUAAAUCACAAGGUUUGCUAUGUAUUCAUUUUGAAUGUGUAACAGACGUGGCACCAGAUUGGAAAGUAUGCUGCUUGUACUUCAUUAAAGAUGCAUACGCCAAGGAUAUUGUCCUAUGAAUAAAAUAAAUAUUUUCAAUCAGUCAAUCAUUGACUGUCAAGGGUUCAGCCUAAGGAUUCUGGAAAACUGACAGAAACACGUUAAAAAUUGAAAACAAAACCUUGAUAGCGAAGACAAAUCAAGAAAUCUUUUUUCUUUUUUGCUGCAUUUUCUUUUUUUUUAAAUAACGUCCCUCUUUUAUGUAUUCAGAGCUGUGAAAUUCUGUGAAACUGUAGCGCUGCUUUGGUUUUGUGUUGUUCUGUAAGUCACUAUUUGAUGAUAUUGCAGUGAAGGUUUCAGAGAGGAGAGAGGAACAUUUAUGUUUAUUUAUGUCAAUAUGGAUCUUGUAGUCUGAAAUAAAGAUUGAUUGAUUAUGUCAAGCUGAGGGGUCGAAUCGACCUCAAAAAACUUUUGCCUCGUAGAAGCAAAAUAACUGAAACGUUUCCUGCUGAAAUCUCCAAAGGUUCACGGAAGUGAAACAUGCAGGAUGUUUGUACUUAUUAAAGUAUAAAGCUGA